CGCUCCUCGCUUUCUCUUUCUCUUUUUCUUUUCUCCCCUUCCCUACUACUAUGCUUAACUCUCACUUCCCCCCCACAUUCACUCCAACCACAGUCCGCCUUGUGGGGAAAAUUCCUAACGUUGAUCUCUAUCUGGUCAAAUUACCCGACCAAAUCUGCGAUCGACCUAGAUCUACAUAGUAGACUAGCGAUAGAUCUCAUUCACCGGCAUAGUAGUCUAGAUUCAUCAUGAGCGACGUCACCAUCACGGAGGGCACCUUUCGUCUGCCGGAUGGAGUGGAGGUCUACCAAAAGACCUGGUCGCCCACCACCCCUCCCCUCGCCAAAAUCGUCCACUUCCAUGGCUUCAGCGACCACAUCAAUAACUACUUCGACCUCUUCCCCGCCCUGGCGCGACACGGCAUCCUCUGCGCGGGGAUCGACCAACGGGGCUGGGGCCGAUCGGUGCACCGCAAAGCCGACCGCGGCAACACGGGGCCGACCCCGGCCAUUCUCGCCGACAUGGCCGCCUUCAUCACAGCCCAGCAGCAGGUCGCCCCGACCGACAUCCCCGUCUUCAUCAGCGGCCAUUCCAUGGGGGGCGGUCUCGUGGCGACGUUAGCGUCCACCCCGCAGUACCAACCGCUGGUGGCCUCGCUGCGGGGGAUCAUGCUCGAGGCGCCGUACAUCGGCCUGACGCCGGAGCAGACGCCCAGCUCCCUCCUCGUCUUCGCGGGCCGGCUGGCCGGCCGUCUGCUCCCCCACUUCCAGCUCACGCAGAAGAUGGCGAUCGAGAAUCUGGUGCGCGACCCGGCCGUGCAGGCGCAGGUCAAGGAUGACCCGCUCAACCACGUCACGGGCACGCUGGAGAUGUUCGCCAACAUGCUCGACCGCGCCGCCGCCCUCACCGCGGGCAAGCUGGUCCUGUCCCCGGGGGUGCAGUCGGUGCUGGUCGUCCACGGCACGGGCGAUCAGUGCACCAGCCACGACAUCAGCAAGCGCUGGUUCGACCAGCAGACCUCGCGGGUGCCGUCGACGCAGAAGAAGUUCGUCUCCUACGACGGCUGGAGCCAUAUCCUGCAUGCGGAUCUGCCGGAGAACCGACAGGUGUAUGCGGAUGAUCUGGCGGGGUGGGUGCUGGAGCGCGCCGCGGAGAGGUCGGUGCGGCUGUAAGGAGUGAUGGAGAUUGAGUACUGUACUACGGACGGUGUAGUUAGCGAAUUAGCGAAUACGCAUACUUACAUGAUGGAAGGCACUGUUUGUUGCAUGCCAGCGGGGACAGACCAUCCCUUCUCACCGUACUGCUACGAGCUCUAGCCUCCCAUCUCAUCUCGACCCUAUGUGCAUUCCCGCUUUACUUUAUGUGCAAUCUACUCUAUGCAGACCCUCCACCUCUACCCCAUACUCGUCUCCAGGCACCGCACACUCCCGAUCUGGUCCAGCCACGCGUCCUUACUCCGCC